GGGAGGGAGAUCUGCCAGAGGACAAAAGGGAGUAGUCAGAGAUGUGGUGUGUAUGGUGUCAGCAGCUUGUUGGAUUGAGGUGCUGUGCCAUGCUGAGUUUAAUCCAGACUGAUUAGGAAGCAGGAGGCUGUCAUCUGUGUGAAUGCAGAGAAGUAGCUUAAGGUAAACUGGUGUAGCCUGGGACUGCUGCCCUAAUGAUAAAGAAUCCAACACCAGGAGACUCACAGGGAAAACAGCCUUAAUCUGUGGUUGAGUCUGAGUGGACAAGGGAAAAAACCGUCAAAGUUCAGAGCAGGAAGAAACUUUGAAUGACCUUUUAAUAUCAUCUGAGGAGAGUCAAGGGCAUAUUGUCACCAUUUCAGCAUUUUUAAUCUGCAAUACAAAUCAUCUUAAACAAUCCUUUGGCAAGCACCUGGUCACAAUGUCCACAAAUGGAAUAAGUAUGGCUUUAAAGCUCCAGUUUGGACUUAUUAAUUACGAAAACCGUUACCUCACCGCAGAGGCAUUUGGGUUCAAGGUAAAUGCAUCUGGAACCAGCAUGAAGAAGAAACAGAUCUGGACCCUGGAGCAAGACCAGGAUAGCCAGGUAGUUUUCUUGCGCAGUCAUCUCGGACGUUAUCUUGCCACAGAUAAAGAUGGCAAGGUGAGCUGUGAGGAGGAAGUGCCAAACGCAUCCUGCCGGUUUUUGCUUGUGACACAGUCAAAUGGACGCUGGGCCUUGCAGUCAGAACCAUAUUUGCGCUAUUUUGGAGGCUCUGCAGAAUAUCUAUCCUGUUUUGCCCAGACCAUUGGAGGAUCUGAAAUGUGGGCCAUGCAUCUUGCCCUUCACCCACAGGCCAACCUGCUAAGUGUAUCCCGCAAGCGCUAUGCACGCUUGUCCACAACAGACGACCAGCUCUGCAUGGACAGCAACAUCCCCUGGGGUGUGGACUCCCUGAUCACUUUGGUCUACCUGGAUGAGAAGUACAGUCUGAAGGCUUGUGACAAUCGUUUUCUCAGCAAUGAUGGUAAGCUGGUAAUGGAGCACAGGCACAACACUAGUUUCACUCUGGAAAUCAAGUCUGGCAAGCUGGCUUUUAAGGACUGUGAGGGCAAGUUUCUCUCACCAAUGGGCCCCACAGGCACCCUGAAGUCUGGCCGCUGUUCAAGGCCAGGGAAAGAUGAGCUGUUUGAUCUGGAAGAGAGCCACCCACAAGUUGUUUUCCUGGCAGCCAACAAAAGAUAUGUGUCUAUUCGUCAAGGUGUUAGCAUCUUAGCUAAUCAGGAUGAUGAGACAGACAUGGAGACAUUUCAGAUGGAGAUUGAUAAAGAGACUAAGAAGUGCAUGUUCAGAACCAAUGGUGGAAAUUACUGGACACUCGUUACUCACGGAGGGAUUCUUUCCUCAGCCACAGAAGCAGAAGAAAACACCAUGUUUGACAUAGAGUGGCUGGGCCGACGAAUUGCUUUGAGAGCAAACAAUGGAAAAUAUGUCUGCACAAAGAAAAAUGGACAGCUUGCUGCUGUGAGUGAUUCUUUGGGGGAGGAUGAGCAGUUCAUGCUAAAGCUGAUUAAUCGUCCAAUCCUGGUCUUGCGUGGGGAGAACGGCUUUGUGUGUCACCACAAAACCUCCAAUACACUGGACUGCAGCCGCUCUGUUUAUGAUAUCUUCUCAUUGCUUUUCAGUGAUGGCGCAUACCAAAUAAAAAGUGGAAAUGAAAAGUUCUGGUAUGUCUCCAGCAGUGGUCUGGUGUGCACAGAUGGGGAUAAACCUGAGGAUUUUUUCUUUGAGUUUGUUGAGUAUGGACGGGUUGGCAUCAAGGGUCAAAAUGGCAAGUACUUGCGUGGAGACCAGGGAGGCACACUGAUGGGUGAUGGGCUCAGUGUGGAUGCUUCGUCCCUGUGGGAGCACUGAGUGUACAAGAGACACAGACUCAGAGUAACAAAAAGUUAUCCUCCUGACACCUGUUCAGCCAAUGACUUUACAGCAUUAUGCUCUUCAUUGACUUUCUAUAUUUAUUUAUUUUUUGUUUUGUUUUUGUGAGCAUGAGAAAUAUCUGUGGUUUUAUUUGUUUCUAAUAGUCAGAGGUCCCUACUGCUUCAUAAGAUAUUUUAGAAACUGAUACUUUGCUCUGUCAUUUUUCAAACUAAUUUCAAUUAGGUUGGUUAUUGAUGCUGUCAAAAUCCUCAGAUGAAAGCUGUAUUAUCCGAAGCAAAGUUCUUAGGGUGCUUUCACACUGGCAGUUUAGUGUGGAACGGGGCAUGGUUCGCAUGAAAAAUCGCUAAUGUGAACGCUGUCAUUGGACCCUGGUGCGCACUGGGGUACUGAACCCAAGUUCGGUUGCUCCCGAACUGUGGCACGGUUCGCUUGAAUGUGCAAGUAACACAGACUCUGGUGCACACUUGUUCAGGAAGUAAAGUAUCCCGCACAUGCGUAACAUUGUCGUUAUCAUUGUUUCCUCAACACACAAGAGAGCCGAGGUUGAUUCCACACACAAAUUAAAUUAAUUAAAAUGUAAUAAUUAAAAUGAAUUAUUAUGUUGUGCAUAUAAGCACCAAAAAAUGCCAGUGUCGCGUUGCAUUCUCCAUGCCUUUUCCGGGUGCGUUUGCGAUGACGUAAGGUAACUGCAAACGCACCUGGGUUUGAUACAAUUAUUGAGUGUGAAAGCAGACCAACACUUUGUCUGGCACCGGGAACAAAUCACGCUUGGGCUUAAACCGCAGCAAACGAGCCCAGUGUAAAUGCCCCCUUAGAUUCUUAUUAAAUGACUAGUACUUCUGAUCACUGGUUCCACUGGUUCUCAGUUCCAAUCACCACCCACCACUCUGCAUAUCUGUGUCCCUUAAUUAACACACCUGAUUGAGAUCAUCAAUGGUGAGAACCCAGGACUGUAAUUAAGAAACUCUUUAGCAUGUUUGUCAGAGGCCAUCAGCAGAAAGUGUCCCUGGACUCCUCAGACCUCCAUUAGGCGGCAGUUGGAAAUAUUGGUUUAGGGGUCCUGACCCCAUUAUCAGAUGCACAGGUGAUGAUUGAUGUUUGGUCAUGUCAGACACCGAACUAUUUGAAAUAUUUGACAUUUCUGAACACAUGACAGACUUAAAGGUUUUCAAAUAUAUAGCACAAUUUUAUUAUGGUGAAUGUUUUGAGGUGUAUAUUUCUGUGGGUUUAAUUUUGCAUCUGUCCAAGAGUUAAUAAUCUGGUGAUUAUACAUAUUUUGUCUUAAUGUAGUUCCUAAUUACUUAUUUGAACAAUAAUAUAAUGUCGGCUAGUGAUAGCAUUAAUAAGAGAUCAGCGUCUAAGCACUCUGCAGGCUAAAGAAACAGAGCAGUGGAGUGUUUUCAGAAAAAUGCUGCAUUAUAAUUAGUCCAUCUUUUUUCAAGUGAGUGCUAUGCGGUGGAAGUGUGCCUUCUGCUAAUGCACAAUCACAUACAGGUUAAACCUGGGCAAAAUGAGGGCAUUUUUGCUUAGUUUGAGCAAAUUGUAAUGUUUAUGAAAUGUGUUCGAAGUUUUGAGAAAUGUGUCUGUUUCAAGAACUGAAUGAAAUGUAUACUGGGCCAAAUGUAUACUAAAAAUGGAAAUGUUAAUAAAUCAAUUGCACUGCAAAAACCAAAUCCUUAAGAGAAAAGUACAAAAUGCUGACUAUGUCACCCCUUUCAAGUAUUGGGAAAUGAAUACUCAAUGGGAAUUGGACACGCAGACUUUUUACCGUGAAGGACAAAGAGACAUGGAUAUCAGUAUGCAAAAUGUCUAUGAACUUUUUCCACAAACAGCAAUCCACACUCCGUGCUUGAAACACCACUACCAGGGUUCUUGCACAGCUAGCCUCCCAACUCAGGGCCCUGCAAACUAAAACGAAAACAAAAAAGACAACCAUAAAUCAAUGAAUACACAAAAAAAAUUAUACUAGAACUCAACUGGAUAAGACAGAAUUCCAAAGAUGUUUAUGAUGCAGAAAAUUCAACAGUUGACAGCCGCCACUUACAAGAAAGAAAACACAAAGCAAAAGGUACACCACAAAAUAAAUUAUGAAAUGAUUGCAAAUGUAACAUUGUACAAACAUGUACAAAAAAUGAGUAGUUUAAACUUUAGAUUGGCUACUGCAAAAACAUGAACAAAUAAUUAAUAGAUCAUUUGUUAAGAUGUACAAAUAUAGUACUACACAACAAAGACAAAUAUAGAUCAUAUAUAAACAAAUAUAGAUCAUAUGAACUGAAAGUUAUUAUAAAGUGUUACCAAGAUGGUAUCACUCCUGCACCAUUUUAUUUCUCUUUCUUUCAAUUUUAUCCUCUUUAGUCGAAAGCAAAGAAUAUCGAAAGUAGCCAUUCUUUCCAUUGAGAAUACACAAAACCUUAAAUUAAAUACCAAGGACAUUGUGGAUGAAUUUGCAGAAAGAAUGGCCAGGAGAAUUAAAUUGAACUAAUUAUAACUAAAAUGAGUAAAUACUCCUAUAUCACCUAUACAUCCCUCAACCCCCUUUUUGUGUUUUUGGGCCGCUGUGCCAAGAGUGUGGUUGCAUUAAGUAAUUUAGUAAAUCUGGCACAAUUCAGUGCCAUAAUAUUUUUAGAAUAAGUAAAAAUUACGAGAUAUAGAAAGAUGUGUUAUACUGCUAUAAUAACACAUUUAAUCAAUGUGAAAAUUCCACCUACUCAUGGAAAAAAGGGGCUGUGGGAGUUAACUGACUUAUUUAUGAAAAUGAUAAAACAAUGUUGGCAAAUAUAUUGUUGGUGUUUCUGAGGUAAAUCUUAUCUUAUAAAUGUUAUGACUGUUCAAAGGCUAUUUAUUAACUAUUUUCAAGACACUGAUUGUUUGACCGAUUAGCCUACAUGAGAUGAUUUUUUUUUUCAACGAGGGGUGUUGAUUUUCAUGUGUGAAGCAUACUGGUGAAACAAGGGGACGUGGGAAGAGUGAAGCAUGUCUGAGCUGAGCCGGCAUGAUAUCACUCGAGCCUGGUGUCAAAGACGCACUGCUCUGCUAUUUUAUUGUCUUUUGAGAGAAAGAAGGCAAUCUGUGAGCCUCACACUUCUUUCUCUGGCAACGAGCAGCAAUCUGAGCUUCUUCCUUCUUCUUCUUCUUUGGCUGGAGAGACAGUACAGUAGGGAAAUAGUGGAAUUCUGGAUUUGGACAGCAAUGAAAUUACAGACUGUAAAUGUUGAACAUAGUUUAUGUCCCCAUGAGAAAACAUUAUGAUCUGAAUCAGGCUCAUGACAAUAUUUCUGUUCUGAUUCCACAAUUUUUUUUUACAAUUUUCUUUUGUUUUACAAUUUUUCUUUUUCUUUUGUCUUUUGUGUUUGUUUGCGUGUCUGUUCUUUUAAACAGAUUUCAUACAGAAAUGUGAUGUAUUCACAUAUAUGUGAAACACUGUUAAAUAUAUUGAAAUAUAUUUAGAAAAUAUAUUUAAAAAAUGCAUAGAACAUAAAGAUCAUGUUUCAUGUGUGAAAUAUGUGUACAUAUAUGUGACCAAUCACGGAAAGUAGGGACACAAGUCGGUUCUGGGGCAUUUUGAGUUAUUCACAGAUUCUGAAAGUGUAGUGUGUAACACAUGGAAAUCUGAUAGUAUUUGGAGAAGUUGUGGCCAUUUGAAGGUAGGCACUCAAAGCUCAACUCAAAAAGCAGAAAAUAGCCUUUAAAGAUUGUGUAGUUCUCACUGCUGCGAGUGACAAUGGGGCUCAUUUACAUCUCAUUUAGAUAAGCCAUACCCCCUGCAUAGCAACGACAGACACAAUGGGAAAAAUCGGACUGCAUACUAUUAAUAAUAAAGGAGAAUAUGCAUUGUAAAUGUCAGUAAUGAAUUUUUUUUGACUUUUAUAAAAAUGAUUUAGAGGCUGAAAUAUGUGAGUUUUAUAUUUUUAUAAAAAAAUCUUUAAUCUUUAAAAUGUGGCCAUCAUUUUUAAUGUUAUUAUUUUAAUGUUUAUGUAAACAAAAAGUACAUAUUGAUGCUAAUUGUAUUUGUUAUUUGCUGGUUUUCUACAUAAAACUUGGUGAAUUGAUUUCAUUGUGUAGCAUUAGGACUUUUUUAACAGGAUUCUGUGAUAACCGAUGAGCUAGCUAAUAACAAUAGGUAGAUAUGGGAAGGUCUAAACAUGGACUAAACAUGAGAUAACGUGAACGUGUUCUUAGAAUUAACACAAAACUACAAACUUUGAUGUUUUAUGGAAACUCACCCCAUAAGAAACAGAAAAGUAUUCUCGCAGAUCUCGAUGCCUCCAAUGAAAUAAGUCGUUCGGGCACACUUUCUCUUUGUCGGGGUCUUUUUUGUGGAUGUAACCAUCUCCGAAGUUUGCACUGUGCGUCUGUUUGCCUCUAAAUAUUAAGGAUUUUCCCCAUUUCAUUGUCUUUAUCCCCAUCAAAUGUUACUAUCGAUAUAGGCUCUGAUAUCUUACGUCCAACUCGUCUGACGCCAGUCCAAUACAUUCUUCCUUGUCGUCAUCUUCGCUCAGUUGUAGAUUAGGGAUAUUAUACAGUCUUAUUAUGCUGCUUUCAUCGUUGGUCAGAUCUUCUUCAGAAUCAGUGAGCGCUUGUUCAUAAGCAUCCGGCUUGUCGAAGAAGUACUUCAAAGCAUUUUCGGUGUAACGGCCAUGGUUCAGCUCGUCUGUGUUCAUCUUUGCAGCGUACAUCCUCACUGAAUUUUGAUAUCAGCUACAGCCGGCCAGAGCGCUGCAUACUAAGUAGCCACGCUUCCCUCGGAAGGCGGGGGCAAUAACAAAAGAAACAAAAGCCGGCUUAUCCAGUAUGGAAAUACACAGACAAUGACACGCCCCACUGCGUGCUAGAAUCUCAGACAAACUAGCUGAUUUCAACCUCAAAAUGUACGCUUUUAAAUAUACCAAUACUGCUAUCUCAAACAUGGAGAGGCUUCUUUGUGAUAUCAACUAACAGAUUCUGAAAAAAACGAAAAUCACCAAUUUUGAAAAAAAAAAAAAACGCUUUCUUUCUCAUUUUGCUCGAAAGUUGUGCUGCCGACUUGUGUCACUGGUUUCCGUGACGGGUCACAUAUGUGCAAUUAUAAUCAUGUUCAAUGUAAUUUUUUUGUUUUUAAUCAACGUGUUUUUGCAAUGUAGCUUACUUUUAUUUCUACUCCAUGUUCACCAUUUCUAAAGCUAUUUUCACAAUCUCUAGUUGGAGUACCCAUGAGCUUCAUUAGAGGGAACUCCAUUCCAGACUCUUGCCACCUCACCCUGGACUCCAUUUCCCAUAAUUCUUUGCCAGGACUCAUUAUAAAUUGCAAUGGCCUGUCUCUCAUCACCUAAUCAGUCUCACACUAUAAAGGUUGCACACAUCCACACACACUUGGCUGAUUAUUGUUUAGCCUGUAACCUGUUCUUGAUCUUAAAAUCUAAAUCUUCUUGAUUUAUGACCUUUGACUGCUUAUCUGAUUACUCUUUUUGUCUUGCCCUGGAUUGUACCUGUUUGCUAGUAUUUGACCUUUACCUGUUUAGGGAUUAUUCUUUGUCUUUGCCUGGGAUAUUAUUGUUUGCUGGUACUGGACCCUGCCUGUCUGACCACAUUUACAAAUAAAGCCUGCAUUUGGAUCCUCAA